UCUCAUUCUCUGGUUCACCAUUCCCAAACCCAAUGGUUGGUUUUUUUUUACUUACAAUUAAUCUUUCUAGUUUCGACCAAUUGGUUUUGAAACUUUGAAUAUUUUUUACAUGGCCACGAAAGAAGAGAAGACCACACGUUGCUUCCGCUUAAAAACAUGGCCGAGUCACCCUCCGAGUCAACCUCCGCGAGUGCUACUAUUUCAAGCCCUCAAACUCAGCAUGACUUCCCCGAGAUCCCAAUCGAGAUCGUUAGUGAAGAAGAAAUGGCUAUCCUCGAUGCAGCUCUUGCAGCCACCCGCUCCAUCCUCCCUUCUGCGCUCCGUUCGGCUUCCCCGUCGCGGGUGAUCGCCGGCGGAAGCCCAAAGAACAUCCGUUCGAUUACUCUCUUCUCCAAGAGGAAAUUCUCGGCGGCUUGUUCGGAUAUCGAAGAGUCUUAUUUGCAUCGAUUUAGGAGAAAUCAAGCUUUAGGUGUCACGGAUCUCACCAGCACUGAAUGGUGUGAGAAACAAAUGGAGAAUGUUCUCUGUUUUGGCAGGAGAAAGGUUAAUAAAGCCAUGAAAGCUGGUCAGGCUCGUCAUUUGCAGCUUGAAGAAGAGGUAGUUAAAAAGGUGAGAGUAAGAGUUGAAUCAAAUGAAGAUAAGUGGGCAUUGAAGCUGUUGAAUUCCAUCGCGGGUGUUAAUCAGUUCUUGUUUGAAGGACGAACUCGUGAAUUGCUACUCUUAGGUUUUGUUGGAGGUCAAUGGAUUGUGGGAAUUAUUGACGAGCUUAGAAAGGCGUAUGCAGAAGAGUCUUCUGAUAGCGGACCAAUAUUGAUAGAUACAAAGACUCGACUCCGUGAUACACUCCCAGCUGAGCCACAAAGGAGGAAUGGAAGGCUUCAGCUAAUGCUUUAUAAGCUUCUAUGGGACACGAUUGUGAAAGAGGGGUUCCCGAAAGAAUCCUUUUUCGACUACUUCUCUUUGAAUCGCCAUUGUGUCUUAUCCCAGGAUGUGCGAGAUAACAUUGCUAAUGCAGGUAUCAAAGCUCAGACACUUGAAGAGAUAGUUAUGUACUAUGAAAAUACUUUUAAGAUGCUUCCGACAGCAAACGAUCAAUUACUACUAAAGUACGAGUUUCAGAAGGACCAAUCUAUAAUAGCUGAGAUUAGAUUCCACCAUGAUCAUGAGUGGGUGAUGAGCAAAUAUAGAGAAAUCAUUGAGUUCUGGAGAAAUGAACGAGAAUCUGAGUACACUCCUGAAGAAGAGCGCUGGAAAUGUCGAUAUUGCCAAUUCGCCAAGUCUUGCCCUGGAAACCCGAGCUUCGAAUAUUCUCCUCCGAGCUCGCCACCAAGAGAGGCUUCUCCUCCUUUAGCAAGCUAAAGAAAAGAUGAAAGGUUGAUUCUUUCAACCGAAAGCUACAAACGAAUGUUUGUUUUGUCAUUUGCAUAUUUUGCUUUCCUCUUUCUUUUUAGUCCUUGCAUAGUGAUUAAUUGAUUAAACCGUGAUUCGGUUAGGCGUGCCAAAAUUGAUUUGUACUGGGAUGCCGCAAUUUGAUUAUGCCGUAUUGUGUAUACGUUCUGUAUAUAUUAAUUUAAUUCGUCAAAUAGAAAAAUGUUUGUUGUAUUAUCA